GCUCGUCAACGAGCUUCAUCGUCGUUCAAUUGCCCUCAAUCAUAUGACUAGAAACAACAUUGCUGCCAAAUACUCCUGUUGUCUCUCCACUAUUGGGUGAGGAUCGUUGGGCCAACUCCUUGAUGGUUUCGAGCUCAGACCUUCCAUGCAGAAGAGGUCUAGCCCGGCUCUUGACAACCAAUUGCUCUAGCAUAAGUUGAGAAAAGCCAGCUCACAUUGCACACCAUGCUCUCGUGUUGUAAACCCCGUAGACCUCGCCAUGGCGAGACGGAGCCCCUUCUUCCACAGCAUGAAAGCAAUACCAGCCUGCAGCGGGACCUGCAGGAGAAAUUGCACGGAUACGAAAUGCUUCGAGCAGUGUAUUCCGGGUUCAUGCCAUCCUCUGCUCAGAUCGUUUCACAUCUUCGAGCCUUGCUUGUCUCGGAUUUAUUGAACCCGGAUAACCCAACACUGAGCAGUUCAGGUCGACAGCUCGCCCAAGACUGCAGGGCAUGGUUACGGGUCUUUAUCCAGGUUUUACGUGACAAAAAUGGGGACGAUCAACUUCAAGAAGUUAUUUGGAACCUCUCAAGGUCAAAAGUGUCCGUAGACACUGCUCGCCUUGCUGGGACUGCGUCGUCGGCCAAGGCGCAGGCAGAUACUGCAGCCGCAUAUGAAAGUCUGCGCACCAUUACAAGUCUUUUGAUGACAAAUGCUGACUUCCGCCUCCUUGUUGGUGACCUGACGAUGGUCUCUCGCCAGAUAUUUGCAGACACAGCCUCCUCUGUGUCCACUGCCGCUGCUCAUGUCUCUGAAGAAGUUGAGCCUUCAGAGCGACAAAAGAAUGUAAUCGGAGCAGAUGGGUCUCAAGAGGAGCAACGGCCUACGGGUGACGAUGUUGCUCAAGAAGCCGGACGAAUUGCUGAUACUGCCAAAAAUGCAGUCAAACAAACUGGCCGGGACGCCGUUGACAGUAUGAAGAGGAACUUAGCUGAAAAACAAAAAGAGUCUCUUUUGCAUCGUAUUAAACAAACAGUGGAUAGUUUACGCAAAAGGGAAGAUUAUUCCAACUCCGCGGACACAAUAUCCCGAAUAAUCCAACAUUAUUCCAUGAUAUAUUACCGCGCCACAGGGUCGAUGGCUAUCGAUAUUGAAGAGAAUAUAGAAACUAACCCCGAAUUCGACAAAACGAUGAGAAAACUCUGGUCAUUUUUAUCUUCUUUCGGUUGUCAGGAGGACUGGAGCCUCCUGGAACAAAAGUUCCAAAAGCUGAUGGAAAAUUAUCAAGACGAUGAAAGGUUCAAGGAAACUUUUGAAAAUAUCGGAUUCACCCUCUUUAGCCUACUAACUAACCCAGGAUUUUACGAUUCUGCUGACACCUCCAUCGGCUCUCUUCGGGAAAAGCUCAAGGACGCGAGUACUGACUCUGAUCAGAGCCUAGUCGAUUUCUACGAUCAGCUAAAACAGGCUUUCUAUUCUGCUUCUCAAGAUGAAAGCAUUGCAAGACUUAUCGCCGCCACCAAAAAGGUAGCGGGCCAUUUGGUGGCUGCUUUUCGUGAGGAGGGAUCCCGUCUGCCUGCUGAUGCCCUGCAUAUUUUCUUGCCCCUUUUGAUACGAGCCGUUCAACAUAUCCCAAUUCCAAGACUAGAGAUGUCUGUGCCAGAAAUGGACCUCCUUCUCGAAAAUGUUAUUCUGGAGCCUGGCCACACUCUUCAUUCUUCGUCUUUCCUUCCAUAUCGCAUUCUUUUGACAACCACGAACAGUCUAGAACUACGAAAGACACACUCCAAGGAGACAACUACGGACAUGACAAACAUCGUGAAUGUAACGAUGAAUGGACUGAAUAUCAGCGCGCAAGAGUUUGGAUAUUGGGUCCGCGUUCACUCCCCUCCUUACAUACCGUACUUUGGCGACGAAGGCAUAGCUAGUUUUGCCCUUGACAAGCGCGGGAUUGAUAUCUCCCUAGAGUUCGCAGUUGGCAGACAGCGGUUAGAGCAAGUUUUUGCUCUGCGUUCCGUCCGAGUUCAUAUCCAUAAACUCGAAUACACGAUCCAGAAAAGUUCGUGGGCUUUUCUCUGGUGGAUGAUGAAACCGUUUGUCAAGCACAUGGUUCGUCGCACAAUAGAGAAGAAGAUCGCCGAGCAAAUUGUAGCCACCGCGCGGGCUGUCAAUCGUGAGCUUGUUUUCAUGCGCGAACGGCUGCGCGCAGCAAGAAUCUCGGAUCCAGAUAACUUUGCGAACUUUGUAAGAGCUGUUUUGACAAGGAUGACUCCUCAGUCUGAUCCAGAUGUAUACACUAGGGUGGGAAUUGAUGCGCAUCGCAAGGGUAUCUUCAAGGAUGUGUAUACGCCAGCCAGUUUGAUGAAGAUCUGGCAUGAAGAAGGAGAAAGAGCCGGGGAGAUUGUCGACGCUGGAGAUGAAAGCGGCGGUAUUGGUCUGACGUGGAGGAAUCGGAUCUUCGACUAUUCACCAUCAAGACGUCAUUCUCGCCAACCGAGCCAAACCUUUUAGCUUAAUGUUUAUUUUCUUCUGAUUUCUUUAUUCUUUGGUUAACGAUUUCGGUUUCUCUCAA